AUGUACCUCACCAGCAGCCAGCAGCCACAGAGCGGGCCACCUGGGUGCGGCAAGUCGACGCUCCUCCGGGUUCUGGCGCAGGAGCUGGGGUUCAACCUGGUGGAGCUGCAGCCUGCAGCAGCGAGCGGCAGCUGGGAGGAGCGAGCCACGGCAGCCCCCGGCGAGUCCUAUCAGUCAAGGCUUUCGGCCUUUGAGGAGAGCUUGCUCCGCAUUCGCAUGCCGGUGCUCUCCCUGUCCUCAGUGGGCGGCCCCGGUCCUCCCCGCGGCCAGCCCUCAGAGCGGCCAGGCUCACGCCUGACUGUGGUCGCCGACCUGCCUCUGACCCCAGACCCCGGCCAGGCCCGGAGGUUGGUGCAGGCACUCGUGAGCUGUGCCCGCCAUGCCUCCCAGCCUCUGGUCAUCUGCGGGACAGAGGUCUCUGGGCGGUCACAGAAGGGACCCGGCGCCGCCUCAGAGAAGACCGGUCUGCCCAGGGCAUUAUCAGUCGAGCUUGCCACCGCGGGCGUUCCCUCCCUGUCCCUCAAUCCCAUCACGGCAGCCAACUGCCUCAAGGUCCUGCGCCAGGUGUUGCAGCGGCAGGGGUCAAGCCUCGCCGAGGAGCAGGGGCCCCUCAACAUUGCCCCCACCAACUCGCAGCUGCGCAGCGUCGCGGAGUCGUGCGGCGGCGAUCUCAGCAACGCGCUGGCCACGCUGCGCUUCUGCAUGCUGGGCGCGUCGUGCUGCCCCCCCGCACGGCGCCGGCCCCCGCCCAGCUCAAGAGGAAGCGGGGGUCGAGGGGCGCCGCCAUCCGCGCCGCGGCGGUGGCGGCCCCGCCACCCGGUCCGCAGCCGAGUGCGCUGGGCGCGGCGCGCGACGCCUCGCUGGGCACCUUUCACGCGCUGGGCAAGGUCCUGUACAACCGGCGGGACGCUGCAGGGGAGGAGGGGGAGCGGGGGCCCCUGGCAUUCGACCCGGAGGGCAUCCUGGCGACCUGCGACCUCGACGCAGGCGAGCCGAGCUGCUGGUUGGGAUGCAUUCCAGGACGAGGGGCUGUCGAGGUCUUUCUUGAGCUCUGGAUGUUGCUGGCGGUCGUACAGCUCUUGCCGCGGCACAGAGGGCAGCUGCCCGCGUACCUCGGUCAGCGAGCCCUCCUGCCAAGCCUGGCGGCGUCAAAGACCAGGGUGCUCCCAGACGAUCGCUUACCUCCCACCACCACCAAACAAUGCAUCCCCUCCUCUCACACCUUCAGGCCGCGUGAGCCUGUUCCUGCACGAGAACCUGCUGGAGUUUGCAGCUGCGGAUGCGAUGGAGGACGUCGCAGCCAGCCUGUUGUACCUCUCCGACUCGGACGUCCUGGGCACCCUGCGCCUCCGGGGCCCGGCAGGCCGUGGGGCCAUGGACGAGGAUGCGCUGCCAGACGGGGGACUGGCCCCAUCCGCGGCAUCCUCCGUGGCGGGGCAGCUGUACGCCCAGGAGCAGGCGGCACCUGCGACGUCUGUGGAGGCGGAGUCGGAAGGUGACGAGGACGCCAUCGAGGACGCGGGGUGA